AUGGCACCGAAUGCCUCCCUCAGCGCAGCGGCGGCCGUCACCAGUAGUGCCAAUGCGAGUUCGCGCAGCUCGCCUGCGAUUGGAGCGUCUGCGACCCCUUCGUCCUCGAAGCCGAAGCACAAAGUCAACUCCAACGGCUACCACCCCUCGAAUCCUCCCGUGCCACUGAGCGCCAUGGUCAGCGCGCCAUUGGACCUGACCUCGGUCGAGAGACGCGGCCAGCCUACAGCGGUGCGAGAGCCGCUCAAGAAGAAAACACGACCACAUGGCAUAUCGGAAGCACCGACCUACUGCCCGACAGAAGACGAUUGGCGUGACCCAUUGCAGUACAUCAAUAAAAUCGCACCAGAGGCUUCUCAAUAUGGCAUUUGCAAGAUUAUUCCGCCGGAUUCAUGGAACCCCGAAUUUGCAAUUGACACAGAGAAAUUCCACUUUCGGACACGAAAACAAGAAUUGAAUUCUGUUGAGGGCAGCACGCGCGCCAAUCUUACAUAUCUCGAUGGCCUUGCCAAAUUUCAUAAGCAGCAGGGAAGCAACCUUCAUCGCUUACCAUAUGUCGACAAGAAACCCCUGGAUCUGUAUCGCUUGAAAAAAGCUGUUGAAUCCAGAGGCGGGUUUGACAAGGUGUGCAAGCUGAAGAAAUGGGCCGAGAUUGGAAGAGAUCUUGGCUAUAGUGGCAAGAUCAUGUCAUCCUUGUCCACAUCGCUCAAGAAUUCUUUCCAACGAUGGCUCUGUCCGUAUGAAGAGUAUCUACGCCUGGCAAAACCCGGAGUACACCAGCAACUCGAACAGGAGUACGGCGGUCCUUUGACCCCCAGCCCCGCACAGACACCAAUCAAGCGAUCCUCUGCCAACACUCCGAGCAGUGUCCGAGGGACAUCGCCUGCUCGGCAAGCGUCAGAUGCCCUCCAGAACAGCGUUGGUAACAAAAAGGAAGUGGAUCGAGAUACGCCCAUGGCCGAUGCGCCGCCAGUAGCUCCUACUUCUGGUGGAUUCACGGCUAUUAAUACCAGCAGCGGUUUCACGGCAGUCAACUCGGGAUUUACUAGUGUAAAUCGUCCUACCAAUGGCGAGAACAAGAGUUACACACCAGACCCCAAACGAUACGACAGUCCUGCCACUUCUGCGAGGAACACCCCCGAGGCUCGACCAUCUGGCCUUGGCUCAGCUGCUGCGCUGAAGCGCCAGUUAGGCACCGCGAGCCCGGCAGACGCAAUCAAGAAGGAGGCGGAUACCGACAGAGAUGAUGCUGACAGCGCAAGUCGGCGUAGCAGUAAGCGCCUCAAGAAAGACAACGUACCUACGGUAGCCGGGUCGCACAUGACCGUGUUUCGCCCGUCUGUUCCACGAAUUCCCCGGGAAGAAGGCGCUGCCGCCGGAGGAAAAUGCGAAAACUGUGGACGGGGCGAAGACAGCGGCCCUUUGCUUGUUUGCGAGUCCUGUGAUCAUGCAUACCACGGUCCCUGUCUCGACCCUCCAUUGAAGCGCAAACCGGAUGCCGAAUGGAACUGCCCACGGUGCUUGGUGGGAGAUGGCCAGUUUGGGUUCGAAGAGGGAGGCCUCUAUUCGUUGAAGCAGUUUCAACAAAAGGCAAAUGACUUUAAACAGGGCUACUUUGAGCAAAAGAUGCCUUUUGACGAGACUCUCCAGUGCCAUAGGCCAGUCACCGAAGAAGAUGUGGAAAGAGAAUUCUGGCGUUUGGUGGCCGAUUUGGAAGAGACUGUCGAGGUUGAAUAUGGCGCUGAUAUCCACUGCACGACACACGGUUCCGGUUUUCCCACAAUCGAAAAGCAUCCGAAUAAUCCAUAUGCCACUGAUCCAUGGAAUCUCAACGUCCUCCCCUUUCACCCAGACAGUCUAUUUAGACAUAUCAAAUCCGACAUCUCAGGCAUGACGGUGCCCUGGGUUUACGUGGGCAUGAUUUUUUCAACGUUUUGUUGGCACAAUGAAGAUCAUUACGCCUAUUCAGCCAAUUAUCAACACUUGGGAGCGACGAAGACGUGGUAUGGCAUACCAGGAGAAGAUGCAGAGAAGUUUGAGAUGGCGAUGAAAGAAGCCGUGCCAGAGCUCUUCGAGACUCAGCCAGACUUGCUCUUUCAGCUGGUCACACUCCUCACGCCCGAGCAGUUGAAAAAGGCAGGUGUACGUGUCUACGCAUUGGACCAGAGGGCUGGUCAGCUGGUCAUUACGUUUCCUCAGGCCUACCACGCCGGCUUCAAUCACGGCUUCAACUUCAAUGAAGCUGUCAAUUUUGCCCCCUGUGACUGGGAGAAAUUCGGGCAGGCUGGAGUGGAAAGACUGCAGCAGUUCCGCCGCCAGCCAUGCUUUUCUCACGAUGAACUGCUAUGGACUGCUGCUGAGGGAAGCGCAUCCUCGGGACUCACCAUUCAGACAGCAAAAUGGCUCGCACCAGCCCUCGACCGCAUUCGCCAGCGUGAACGUGCACAGAGAGACGAGUUCCUCGCAAAGCAUAACGAAGCAUCACCUCACCGAUGCAAGGUCACCGGGGGGAGCGAAGACGCUUGCCCUCUCACGUUUAAGAUCGACGACACUGAUGUCCACGACGAAGAAGAACAGUGCUGCAGCUAUUGUAAGACAUUUGCAUAUCUGUCUCGUUUCAAGUGCCACCGUUCAGGCAAAAUCCUAUGUAUUUUCCACGCCGGAAGCCAUCCCUGCUGCGACGUGCCAGAAGAGAAGCGGCUUUUGGGCGAAGAGCACACGCUGGUCUACCGGAAAACCGAUGAAGACAUGACUUUGGUGUAUCAAAAGGCGUCUGACAAAGCACAUACCCCCGAGGCAUGGGAGGAGAAAUAUGACAAGCUUCUGGAUGAGGAAGCUACUCCCUCUUUGAAGGUUCUGCGGGCUAUUUUGCACGAAGGCGAAAAGAUUCCAUUUGAGCUUCCUUCUCUGCCUAUUUUGAAAGAGUUUGUUGAUAGGUGCAAUGAUUGGGUCGAAGAAGCUACCAAUUACAUUGUUAGAAAGCAGCAGAACCGCCGGAAGAAUGAGAAAGCUUGGCAAACCACUGGACGCCGAGGAAGCGCCAAUAACGAUGCAAAAGAGAAGGACAAAGAAAUCCGCCACGUAGAUAAUAUCUACCGGCUGCUUGCAGAGGCAGAGCACAUUGGAUUCGACUGUCCUGAGAUAGCGCAACUUCAGGAACGGGCUACCGCCUUGAAGCUGUUCCAAGAUAACGCCUCUGCAGCGCUCAAACAGAACGUCCCCCCUCCAGUGGAAACAAUUGAAGAGUUGAUCGAAGAAGGACGCGGCUUCAAUAUCGAUACCCCAGAGCUAGAAGCUCUAUCUCGGAGACUGGAAGAAUUACGCUGGAAUGAGAAGGCUAGGUCAAACCGUGCCGUGUUACUGGGUAUGACGGAUGUACAAGAAAUCAUUGAAGAAGGAAAGCGGCUUGAAAUCCCCAGCUACAACGACCACUUGAAGUACUACCACGACAAGCUGGCUGCGGGCCAAGCCUGGGAAGCAAAGGCCCGAGAACUGACACACGCUGAAUUUGUUCACUAUUCUCAGUUGGAGGCACUCAGAUCGCAGGUACAAGCUAAUAUCCUGCCUGUUUCUCGCGAGACCUUGGCCGCUGUCGAUCAGAUACUUCACAAGCAACGCGAGGCGCAUCUCCAAAUCAUUGACCUCACCGAGCGAUGCCGCGAACCCGAUUUUAGAAAGCGACCCAAGUACUCGGAAGUUGUCGACAUCACUAGAAAGCUCGAUGAUCUUAAUUCCAAGCCGACUGGCACCGUUGAUUUGGAAAAUGAAAGAAAGCGACAUGAAGAUUGGAUGCGCAAGGGCAAAAAGCUAUUUGGAAAAUCGAACGCGCCAUUGCAUAUUCUGAAAAGCCAUCUGGAACACGUUCUUGAACGAAACACUGAUUGCUUCGACACUGACCAUGACACUCCACGUCUUCCAGGAGAACCUGUCUCCAGGGAAGCUAGCCCAGAAGCGGCGUCUGGCAGGUGGGACGAUCGAUCCAGGCAGGUGUUUUGUAUUUGUCGGAAAGUUGAGGCUGGUAUGAUGAUUGAGUGUGAAUUAUGCCAUGAAUGGUAUCAUUACAAGUGCCUCAAGAUCGCCCGUGGUAAGGUCAAAGAGGACGACAAGUAUACCUGCCCAAUAUGCGACUGGCGAAUGAAGAUUCCUCGGGACGCGGCUCGACCCAAGCUUGAAGAUCUCACUUCUCUUGCCGACGAGAUACUUGGCUUACCGUUUCAACCGGAAGAAGAGGAGGUCCUGAGGCAAAUCAUUGACAAUGCGCAAAAUUUCAGAGACAAGAUUGCCCAGUACUGCAACCCGCUUCUUUCGACAGAAGCCGAGGCCGAAACUCAGCGAUUCUUCCUUCGGAAGUUGGAAGGCGCAGAGAUUCUGCUGUCGUACGAGACCAACUUCUUUCGCCAAGAACUCCACAAGUGGUGCCCUGUUGCGCCGGAAGCGCCGCCGAUUUUGCAAGUGUCGCUGAGCACGCGCAAACCUCGCCCCACGAAGCUGCAGAAGAUGCUCGUUGAAUACGGAGUCGACAAUCCAGACGACCUUCCGGAGCAUGCUAAAGGCAAGGCUAAUAGUUUGCGACGCAAGGCAGCGAAUGCGGAAGCGGCAGCCGCUGCUGCUAACGCGCCGACAGCCAUGCCUAACGUGCCUAACCCGCACAAUACGGCAUAUGGACCAGCGGCGUACUUCCCUCGCGGCUCGCACUCGGCAACUCCGAGCAUCUCGGCUACUUCGCACGGGCACCCAGAAGAGAAAUCGCACUCGCCUUCAGAUAGUGAUGUCAAGAUGGGUUCCGCGGAUUCAGAUAGCAAUCUGCAUCCUAGCUUCUUGGGAGGCGGAGGUCCUCACUUGGCGGCGGACGAUUCGACCAUGUCGCUCGAAGAUCGGCUUUUGCACGGCCAAGUAGAUGACAUGGAUCUACAGACGGAAGCAGACAAGAACAAGGCUCUUGAAAUCUUUGCUCGCACGGAGCUGGGCAGAGAAAAGGCCGAGAAGAUGUGGGGACCCGAUAUCUGGAACGACAGACAGAGGUCUAUGAGCGACCAUGGGCGGUCCAUGACACCAGCGGACAUGGACGAAGGCAUGAAACACGACGAUAGCAAGGUGGACCAAAUGUUUAAGGAAAUGACGAAUCAAGACGAAGACGAAGACCAAAAGAAGAAAGAUAUCACGAUGACGAACGGACCCGUCACAGCAGACUUAUUAGAGAGCGAGAGAAACAAUCUGGAUGCGAUGUUGGAUGGGGAGUAG